CUAGUUUACCACGUACUUAAUCCACUUGUGUGCUCAUCUCUACUAUCGCUAAAGUUUCAUGAUGAAAACCGGUACCAUUUUUGGCGCCAUAUUGGCACUCAUCCUAAUGGGUACAUCCUGCGCGCGUACUUUGAAAGAAGCUGAUACUGUUGUUGUGACAGACACGGACUCCGCCAUAAAUGGACGUAUUGUUGGCGGUAGAACCGUUGAUAUUUCGGCACAUCCCCAUCAGGUUAGCAUGCGCUUGAAGAGUAUUCAAUCCGCCUCGUACUCGCAUUACUGUGGCGGUAGCAUUAUCUCGGAGAGCAUAGUCCUUACAGCGGCAUAUUGUGUAAUCGGUAAAGAGCCUAGUCAAUACCAAAUUGUCGCAGGAGCGAACCAGCGCAGAAGUGCCGAUGGUGCUAUUGCAACCGUUAAGGAGAUCAUUAUGCAUGAGCAGUACACACCCAGUACGUAUGACAAUGAUGUCGCUAUUGUAGUGCUUGGUACGCCACUGCCAAUCAACAAUUUCACCAUCAAAGCAGUGCCAUUGGCGGAAGAGGGUUCGCUGAAUGGUGCUACUGCUACGGUCAGUGGUUGGGGUACGCUUAGUACGGGUGGUUCCAGUGCAAAUUUGCUGCAGGAAGUUAAUGUGCCGAUUAUCAGUAAUGAGCUAUGCAAUGCGAAUUACUAUAAUGGACUAAUUACGGACUCUAUGUUGUGCGCUGGCGUACGCGACACUGGUGGCAAGGAUGCUUGUGAUGGUGAUUCGGGUGGUCCAUUGUUGGUUAAUAACAAACUAGCUGGUAUAGUGUCGUGGGGUGUUGGCUGUGCACAGGCUAAAUAUCCGGGAGUGUAUGCGAAUGUGUCAUAUUUGUUGCCAUGGAUACGUGAAAAAAUCGCCGAGGUAGAGUUGACGCUUUUGUCGCAGAACUGAGAGUGGGUGUUCGGAGACGAAAUUUGAAUAAAUAAUUAAAGAGAAAUGCAUGUAUGCAAAAAUAAAAAUUUGAGACGAAA